AUGGAGGAAGCACGCAGAGUUCUACAGGAAGUCUUCAAGUUUGAUUCCUUCCGCCUGGAGCAAGAAGCGGUCAUUCGACGCCUCCUGGUGGACAGUGACAAUGCCCUUGUUUUGUUCCCUACUGGCGGAGGGAAAAGCCUUACAUACCAGAUCCCUGGGUUAUGUUUGGAGGGAUUAACAUUGGUCAUCUCCCCUCUCAUCGCCCUGAUGAGAGACCAAGUGGAUGCGCUUGUUGCGAAGGGCGUCAAGGCCGCGAGCAUCGACAGCACGCAAGACGCGGGGAGAAUCGCGUGGGUUAAGGAGGAAGUUACUUCGGGGGCUAUGAAGAUAUUGUAUGUCGCGCCGGAACGACUCAACAACGAAGGCUUCAUUUCACUCAUGAAACGCGUCAAGAUAUCUCUUCUCGCGGUGGACGAGUCCCAUUGCAUCUCACAGUGGGGAGCGAGCUUUCGGCCCGAAUACCUCAAGAUCGCACGUUUCGCGGAUGAAAUGGACGUUGAGCGCGUUUUGUGCCUCACAGCAACUGCUACCGAGUCAGUAUCCAGGGAUAUCUGUGACAGCUUCUAUAUCCACCGCACCGAAGGGGUAUUCCGCAUUCCUGUGUACCGGCCCAACCUGUCUCUGAAUGCCGAAGUGUUCUCAAACACAGAACAGAGGAUUAAACGCCUGGUCACCAUCCUCAAGGCGCGAACGGGCCCGGCUAUCGUCUAUGUGACGCUGCAAAGGCACGCAGAGGAAGUCAUGAACAGCCUGCGUUCUCAUGGCGAAGACGCGAUGAUGUAUCAUGCAGGAAUGCCCGCCGAGGAACGCGAGCGUGUACAGCUGGCUUUCAUGGAUUCGGACAGGUCGGUUGUGGUUGCAACCAUCGCAUUUGGUAUGGGUAUUGACAAAGCGAACAUUCGACAGGUAAUACACUUCCACAUGCCGAAGGCAUUGGAGAACUAUAGCCAAGAAGUCGGCAGAGCUGGUCGUGAUGGCCUUCGUUCAGAUUGCUACAUGUUCCUCUGCGCAUCCGACCUUCCUGUCCUUGAGGGUUUUGCUAGAGGUGAUACAUGCGCCAAACGCGACAUCGAACUCUGGAUCCAAGAAGUCGCGACGAAAGAGCCUGGGUCGGAUGGGACACUGGACUUCAAUCUUUACAAGCAGGCAAAGGACUACGACAUCCGACAAAAUGUCUUAGGACUUUGUUAUGCGCAGCUCGAAUUAGACCACGGCUACAUUCGAGCAACCACACCUUUCUUCGAGAUUUACGACAUCUCGUCCCGGACUCCCGCAGGUUGGCAAGCUGUUCUGGGCGAUAUAUCCCCAGCCGCAGUCGUGAUCCGCACCCAUUGGACUUUGAAGGCCGGAAAAUACCAAAUCAAUCUUGUCCACGCCGCUCAAUAUUCCCGCAUGGAACGCACAAAAAAUCCAAAAACGCUUACAAUCUUGCAUCCUGCAGGUCAUAUAUGGUCCAAGCCAUCUCAGCUAAGAAACAGGUAUAUGGUCCUCAAUGCUAUGCCUAAGUCAAGUAAGGACAUCAAAUCUCUUGCUACUACAAUGUAUCAACGCAUGGUUGGCCGAGAAGAAGAAGCCGUUGAGAAGAUUCGCAAGGUUAUAGGGUAUGCUACUGCGGACGACUGUAUGGCCCAAGGGCUGGCAACUUACUUCGGAGAUGACGAUGCCGUCCCCGAUGGCAUGUGCGGCCACUGCACGUUCUGUACAACAGGGGCCGGCGUGGAGUAUGAACCUAUCGCUCAGUCAGUUCCCUCCCCGCAUGCUAUCAGGGCUAUCCUCGACGCCUGCCCGGAGCGCGACGACCCUCGCCUUCUCGCUCGUAUGGCGUUUGGGAUCACAUCUCCUCGGCUCACAAUCGGAAAGUGGUCGACAUCCCAUCCUCUCUUCGGCAGCAUGGUAAACACGGACUUCAAUGCGCUGGUAGCAGCAUUCGACGCUGAAUGCAAGAAAGCAGGCUACGCAAAAGCUGAACCUGCGCUCGUGGCGCGCACUACAACGAAACGCACGUAUUCUCAGACUUCCUCGUCCUCAUAUCGCGGAGGGAGUGGUGGUAGCUACAAGCGAGGGCGUAGAGGAAGGUGGUAG